AUGUCUCCAGGAAAGGAGGGUGAAGGCUUUCCCGCCCAGAAUAUAUCGUUAGACUCCAAGUACGACUCUCACGGCUGGCUUGUUGAAAAUGAAAAAGGUUAUAGAAUCAUCGAGGAUCACUUCGGAGCUCAUCGCAAACUACGAGUUAUUCACAUCGGUGCUGGUGCCUCGGGGAUUUGCUUUUCGAAAUUUGCCGGGGAAGAACAUGAGAACAUCGACCUACAGAUCUACGAGAAGAAUGACGAUAUUGGCGGGACCUGGCUCGAAAAUAGAUAUCCAGGGUGUGCUUGCGACAUUCCCUCCGUUUGUUAUCAAUUUACCUGGGAUCGGAAUCCCGAGUGGUCUCAAUACUACUCGGAAUCACCAGAGAUCUGGAAAUACUUCAAAAGCGUUGUUGAGAGACACGGUCUUAUGAAAUACAUUAAACUUCGACAUAAAGUGGUUGCAGCAAAAUGGCAUCAGGAAGACGGACUUUGGCACGUUCGAGUUCAAGACGAAGAGCAUGGAAAUGAAUUCAACGACACGUGCCAUGUCCUAGUCAACGGCGGUGGCAUCCUGAAUAAUUGGAAGUGGCCAGAUAUUCCUGGCCUUCAUUCAUUUCAAGGAGUCCUCCAACACAGUGCACACUUUACCGAAGGACUCGACCUAAAGGGUAAGAAAGUCGCAGUCAUUGGAACUGGCAGCAGCGGGAUCCAAAUUGUCGCGAAGAUUGCUCAGGAAGUGGAACACCUCUAUACCUGGAUCCGGUCACCUACCUGGAUUACAGCUGGCUUCGCUCAGAAAUUCGCCUCCGAGGGCGGAGGAAACUUUGAAUACACGCCGGAACAAAAGCAGCUCUUUAAAGACAACCCGAAGCUCUACUUGAAGUAUUCAAAAAUGAUCGAGUCAGAGUUAAAUCAAAGAUUCAAGUUCAUUUUGAAGAACACCCCGGAGUCCAAAGCGGCUAGAGAAUACGCAAUCUCCGAAAUGAAGCAGAAGCUGGCACAUGAUGAGGCUUUGAUCGAGGCGAUUAUCCCGAAAAAUUUUGAUGUGGGAUGUCGAAGACCAACUCCAGGAAAUGGGUUUCUGGAAGCUUUGAAUCAGGAGAAUGUGACUGUAUUCACCCAUUUCAUGAAGGCCGUCACCCCAACAGGGUUCAUCGACAACCGUGGCCAAGAACAUCAAGUUGAUGUUAUUAUUUGUGCAACUGGAUUCAAUACCACAUGGAUCCCACGCUUCCCCGUCGAGGCAAACGGUGAGACUCUGGCAAAGCUAUGGCGUGAUGAAGCUACGUCGUAUAUUUCGGUAGCUCCUCCUAACAGUAUGGUUCUACUCCCUCUCGAGUCACUCGUUGUGCUGACGCACAGAGCAGUCCCGAACUACUAUAUGAUGGGCGGACCGUACGGGCCCCUUGGCCAUGGUUCGUUCUUACCAAUCUUGGAGUCACUGGCACGAUACAUCCUCCAGAUCAUCGAGAAGAUGCAGGUCGACCGCAUCAAAUCGCUAACUCCCAAGCCUGAAGUCAUUUCUCAAUUCAAGGAACAUGCAGACCUCUACCUGCAACGAACUGCGUGGGUUUCUGGGUGUAGCAGUUGGUUUAAACAAGGACGUGUGGACGGCCCGCUACCGAUGUUUCCGGGGAGUCGUCUCACAUACCUGAAGCUGCUUGAGAGGCCGAGGUUUGAGGACUACAAUAUUGAAUAUUGUAACAAGUUGAACAUGUUUGAGUUCCUGGGUGACGGUUUCGAAGUUCGAGAGUUCGACGGCAGGGAUCUAUCCUACUAUCUGGGUCUCGUCGACGAGAAGGAUGUGCAAAUUGACCUGGAGGCCGACCUGUCCACUGAUCUGGCUGCGCUGAUUCCUCAGGCAUCAAAAGCGUGA